AUGGAUGUUCCUCACCUGACAGAAGAUGACAUGGCCGAUAUAAAAAAGGAAGUAAGUGGCUUAUUUGUCUGACUGUCAAUUCAACUGUUAGGGAGUCGGUUUUACAAUAAUUAUUUACCAUAAUGUUAUUAACUUAUAGAGAUGGGAUCUUUAAAUGUUGAAAUGCGCAUAAUAAAGAAGUGAAAGUAACCAACUUAUGCUGAACCUUCUAUUGGCUACCCCAUUUUCACAGUAGCCUAUAUGUGUGUAUAGUGUAAUUUUCACAGUAGCCUAUAUGUGUGUAUAGUGUAAAUAAAGUUAUUCCUUUGUGUAUUAUACCUAACCCCAUAAUCUUAAUGAUUAACAAAGGCAUGUCCUUACUCUAAUCAUUCUUUGUCCACACGUUUACCUGUCCUUCAGUACAGUUAUAGUAUAGCCACCAGUAGUCAGUGCCCUGGUCACACACACUUGAUAAAACACAUACCAACUAAUUAUGGCCCUAUAUAACAUACAGAUGGUCUAGAACCCAUCCUUCAACAAAACACACCCACAGUUUCCAUCUUGCUCUUCUCUGUCUAGGUCCUAACGAGGCUGCGGCCGUACCUCUGUGACAAGAUCCGGGCUGACCGUCAGUUUGACUACCUGCGUUCGCGUAAGAUCCUGACGCGGGACGACACAGAGGAGAUCAGCUGCAGGAGCACGCAGACCAAGAGAACAGGCAUGCUCCUGGACUACCUGGCUGAGCACCCUCUGGGGCUGGACGCCCUGGUCGAGUCCAUCCAACAAGGACGUACGCUCAACUUCAUAAUCACCAAGAUCACUGAUGAAGUGCAGAAGGUGAAGAUCGAGAGGAUAGAGGCUCUCAGAGGUACGUUGUGUGUGUGUGUGUGUGUGUUCAAGUGUUGUUUCCUAUUCUUUUUUUGGCGACAUCUAAUGGAGGGGGUUCGGUGAACCACACUUGGGUGACAAGUAAUCUUGCCUGAGACCUGACGAUGUGUGUUAGCUCCCCGAGCUAAUAGGCUUUGCUCAGUGGUCUAACACUGUCUUAGUACCAUUAUCAUGACCAUCUCCCAUUGGCCCUCUACAGCAGGGGCAUCCAGUUCCUCCUCGGGCUUCCUGCCAACUCAGGACACAUCCGGGGCCAAUAAAGACCUCUCCAGGACACUGUCAUAUGAGUCCAACCUGGCAUCCACCAUGUCGUACCACGGAGAGGGGAGCCCAUCCACCUCUGAUACCCUAAGUUCCCUCAACCUGCCCGCUGCCCCCAGCCAAGGGAAGGAGGUGUUGUCAUCCAUGGGAGGUGGUAGCAUUGGCUGUGUCUUCAUCCCAGGUCUCUUCCACACUGCCCAGGCCUGGAGACCCAGGGGCUCCCCCCCUGCCGCAGGGAGUGCUGCUACUGCCAGAGGCCUCAUCUAA